CUGUCUCAGCCUGUAGCGCCCGCCCAACACUCGUCACAUCUGCAUAUCGCACCCCUCGACAUGGUCUCUUGCACAACAAUAACAGCAUCGAUUCAUCAGUCCUGUUGCUCCAAAAAAAGCUAUGGUCAUGGGCUGUCGAUUGAUCGAUCCAUUGGAACGUUAAGAAGCAUGGGAGCUGCAGAGGCGACGAGUCCAAGCCCUCAGGACACGAUCCCAACAACAACAACAACAACAACAGCAGCAGCAACCACACCGCUGAGGUCACAACCGGAAUCAUCACUGGAGUACUCACGACCCUUCUCAGAUCUGAAGAACUUGCAACCGACGACUCUGGAGGCCAUCGAAUCCGCAUUCGGAUACCAGUUCAUGUCAAAAGUCCAGUCCAGCGUCCUUGCAGUCCUCCCGACACAGCGCGAUAUGCUCGUCAAGGCCAAGACGGGUACAGGAAAGACAUUGGCGUUCUUGGUCGCUGCACUUGAAUCUCUCAUAGAUGCGGGGGCUACUUCAAGACUGGUAACAGGAGCAGAAACGAGAAAUUACGAGGAGAGGGGGAUGUUAAGCGGUGACAGGAUCGGGUGCGUGAUUGUGGUACCGACGAGGGAACUGGCGUUGCAGAUUGCGGAUGAGGCGGGGAGGUUGUUGGGUCCACUCGGGUUGGGAGUUCAGGCGCUUGUUGGUGGAGAGAGCCGGCCGAGACAGUUGGAUCGGGUUGCGAAGGAGCCGGCGCAGUUUGUGGUGGCGACUCCAGGGAGACUGAAGGAUCUGUUGGGAGAUAAGGAGUUUGCAGAAAGGAUCGGAAAAUCGAAAGUGCUCGUGUUGGACGAGGCGGAUACGAUGCUCCAACUCGGGUUCCGUGCAGAACUGGACACUAUCCUGAGUGCCAUGCCUCAAGACCGUCAAACGCUCCUGUUCUCUGCAACGGUUGAUUCGAAGCUGGACUCGCUCCGCGACGUGGCGCUCCAUCAGCAUCGUGGAGCUACAGGUCGGCCGCAAGGACCUAUUAUGAUUGACACCGUGGGUGAUAAGGACGUUAAUGUGAAUCUGGCGACCCAGCAGCGGUAUUGCUUAGCACCCUAUCAAUCACACGUAGCGCUCGUCCGAAGAAUUAUCAACGAUCAUCUGCUGGGUGACAUGGAUCUGGAGCAUCAGGAGAGCUUAAAGAAGAAGAAGCCCACCGCCGUUACAGGAAAGUCACCCGCUGACAAGAAGAUGAGCCCACGAAACUCCUCCACAGCAAUCGAAAGCAAAAAAGGCCAGAACAACAAGAUUAUGGUAUUCCUGCCGACGACGCGGGGCGCGCAACUGUAUGCAAGAGUGUUUGCGUCGCUCUCGAUGGGCAAGGAGCUCUCCGUGUUUGAGAUCCACUCUGCGAAAGAGCCACGCGAGCGAACCCUGACAAGCCGGAACUUUCGAAAGAUCAAGACCCCCGCGGUAUUGUUCACAUCUGACGUCUCGGCGCGUGGAAUCGAUUACCCAGGAGUCGGACUCGUCAUCCAGGUUGGGGCACCACUCUCGUUGGAGCAUUAUAUUCACCGCCUCGGAAGAACAGGGCGAGGACAGCAACUGGCGAAGGGAAGGGUUUCUGGGAAGGAUACUGAAAAGGGGAAGAAGGAUCAUGGCCGGGGUGUGUUGAUCCUGGGGGAGCUGGAUCAGGGGUUUAUUGAGCAUCAAUUGAAGCCGUCGCCACUGUUUGGGAUCGUGGAGCAGGAGCAUCGAUAUGAGGAUUGGCAGAGUGUAAUGUUGGGCGAGAAUUUGGAUCGGGGAUUCAAGCGUGCGCUCGAGAAGGUGGAUGAGAAGUUGGCAAAGAGCGCCUACACGGCGUUUUUGGGAUACAACCUGACGGUGGGCCCCAGAAUCGGAAACACGGAUCGGAAGAAAAUUCUAGAGUCUGCAGACAAGUACAUUGCUGCGUUUGGAGUCGAGGAACGACCAGCAGUAUCAACCAGUUUCCUUGAGCGGAUGGGAUUCAUGAAGUUCCGAACCCCAGCACUCGAAUCCGGCCAAGAAGCAGAGGGACUGGAUACUCGACAGCCACAUGAGUAUGAGCUUGUCGAUGGCACCUUCCCAACAAUCAACACACGUAUCACCAAGAGUCCGUUUGCCGCGCGUUCCUCUUCUGCUUCAGACGUGGAUAUUGAUGAAGACGAGCACGAGCACGAGCACGAUCACAGCACGAGAACCAAAGCGGACACGGAGACAUGGAUGACGAGGAAGCAGCGUCAGGAGGCAUUUGAGGAAAAGAUUGGGCUCAAGGAGACAGAGUAUAUCAAGGUCAAUGAGGCCGAUUGGGAGGACUUCAUAGAGUUCAAGCCAGGGAUGCCCAAGCUGAUCGAGAAGCUGCACAGUCCAAAGCGGAUGGGACACGUAGGCAACCGGCCGAGUAAGAAGCUGAAUAAGAUCUAUAGCGAUAAUGAUGGCUGGUAGAACGCGGGAAGGAGGGUAAUAACUAAAGAC